CUUCACUCAUCUCACCAGCUCACCAGUAAUUCCCGCAAUGUGGAAUCCAGACGGCAGCGGGCGCCAUCCGCCGGUCGACCUGAGCACACGGAGCUCGUCUUCGCCCACGGCCUUGCUGAGCAGUAUCCGCGCGCAGCGCGAGGAGCGUGAAGCUCAGCGCCGCCUCGAGGCUGCCGCGACGACGGUCCAGAAAGUAUGGCGCGGGCGCUCGGCCGCGUCAGCAGUGAGGGCUGACAUCCUCGCUCAACUUGAGGCGGGAGUGAGUGUGCAAGAGGGUGCGCGCGCUCUGCUCCUCCUCCUCCGAGGACGCGGCGAGCGAGCCCGCGUCGGCGCUCUCCUUGUGAAAUGGACAACGGCAGCAUUAGCAAGAGGCCCCGAAGGUCAGGUGUUUGGUGCUCUCGUCGCGGAAGACGCGUUCGCCUUUGGCAUCCUCCUCGCCAGCAUCCUGCGCUUCGUCAGCACCAGCCCUCGCAAUGAGACGUCUGCUAAGCUACUCACCUCCCUCGAGGCAUUUCUCAAGCCGGCGGCUUACACAAACCUUCCCCCAGAUUGCAUGUCCGAAGUCGUUGCCGCGCUUGGUGCACGUGCAUGGAUUGAGACGCUCGCGGACAUCACUGAGGCGCUCGCGACCGCGAAGAGGCGGCAUCCCCUCCUUCUUCCCGUAAUCCGCCUCGUAACAGCCCCUACGGCCCUCGUGCCCCUCACCACCGAGUCGCCUCUUCUCCCGCCGCUCGUCCACACCUUCCUUGCCAUCCCCGCCCUCCCCUCGUCUAUCCCCCUUGCCUCUCUCACCCACCUCUCGUCCAGCUUACCCAUUUUCAGCAUCCUUCUGCCGGCCUCCGCCGCCAAUCCAUUGUUGCUCAAGCAGGGACGACUUGCAGAUGAGCUGGGGCGGACGUAUUUCCUCGCGAACCUUGCCACAUUUGGCAUCACCGGGGGCAUGCUACAACGCACCGGCGCACCCGGCAAACGGGCGUGGAUGUCAGUAGUUGGAGCGAUCCUCCCAACCCUCGGGGAAGGAUGGAGCGCGUGGACCGAAAGCAGCGUUUCUGGUGCUGCCGGAGUUGCGGCCGCGGCCGUGAUGGAUGUCGAUGACGGCAGCGAGGACGACGACACUGCCCCGAUUGCGCCUGAGCGUCCAAGACUCCCGCUUGGCAUUGCCAAGGCGCUCGCUCUUCUUGCCAGCCCCCAGCACAUCGGAACGCUUGCAUCAUACGCGACAUCUUCGGGUUCAUUGGCCGACUUCUCCACAUAUGCCCUCAACAUCCUUGUUGCUUUCCGCGGCUCGCCCAAGUGGGAGGGCACGCUCGACGCGCUGCUCGAUGGCAAUCGAGGUAGAGCGCUGAUCAAGUUGCUCUGGCGUGAAGGAGUGCGCGGCAAGUGGAACAACGCGCCUGAUCAGUGGUCGCAGUUUUCGAAAAACCCUCAGAAAUCGAUGCUUCUCUUGCUCACUUAUGUGUACAACCAUUACCUCUUCCUCACGCCCGACGACGAGUUCUUCAGUGCGAACAACCCACUCUCACUGGAUGAGGUGCUCGAGCUAUCAAGCACGUGGCGCGACCUCGCGUUCUGGGGGUAUCUGAAUGGGGUUGGGCAAGGCGUGCGUGGCGCUGGGACCGAGGCUGAUAGGCGGCUCUUCACCCAAGGUGUGGUACGCGUCACGGAGCGCAACGGACGGCGCAAGUUUGCACCCGACGAGUAUUGGGUAAUGGACUCCAACCUGCGUGACGGUUUCAUCGACGCCGUCAAGUACGAAGAUGAGCUGCUCGAGCUUGAAACGCGCGCGGCAAACGACUCACACGGCAUCGCCCGCCCCCAGCAGUCUGCGAAUGUGCGGCAGUUUAUGAGUCGGCGGCAGCUCGCCAACUCGCGCAUUUCACCACGCUUAGGUCUGCUUAACAAUAUGCCCAUGGCCGUACCGUUUUCCACCCGCCUCCAAGUGUUCCGCGAGUUUAUCCGCGCAGACAGGAAGCGGCUGGGCAUUCAGCGCUACGGACGUGCGCGGCAUAGAGUGUCCAUACGCCGCUCACACCUUGCCGAGGAUGGUUUCCGGCAACUCAACAGCCUGGGCCCGGGGCUGAAGAAUAUCGUCGAGAUCACCUUUAUCGACCAAUGGGGUAACGAGGAGGCAGGCAUUGACGGCGGCGGCUUGUUCAAGGAGUUCCUGCACAACCUCAGCAAGGAGGCAUUUGACACGGAGCGCGGGCUGUGGCUCGCCAAUCUUCGCAACGAGCUUUACCCCAACCCCCACAGCUAUGCGAAGGAGAGCCACCAGCUCGAGUGGUACAGCUUCAUCGGCCGGCUGCUGGGCAAGGCGCUGUACGCCAACAUGCUGGUUGACGUGACGUUUGCUGGCUUCUUCCUGGCCAAGUGGCUGGGGCGGCAGUCAUACGUCGACGAUCUGGCGUCGCUCGACCAGGAGCUGUAUCGCGGCCUCAUUCAGCUGAAGAACUACCCCAACCCCGAAGAGCUGUCCCUGACCUUCUCGGUGACGGAGAACGAGUUUGGCGUCGCCAAAAACGUCGACCUUAUUCCUGGCGGAUCUGAAAUCCCCGUCACUGCGGAGAACCGACACGAGUACAUCGCCCUCGUGUGCAAGUACAAGCUCGACUGGCAAUUUGCUGCGCAGUCUGAGGCUUUCUUUGCCGGCUUGUCAGACCUCAUCGACCCGCGCUGGCUGCGUAUGUUUGACCAGAACGAGCUCGCCCAGCUCCUCGGCGGCGAGGAGACGCCCAUCGACAUCAUGGACCUGCGCAAGCAUACGACAGUCACGGGUUUCGAGGACGAACGGACACCGGCCAUGUUCUGGCGCGUCGUCGACAGUUUCAGCGAGGAGCAGAAGCGGCAGCUGCUGACGUUUGUCACGAGCUGCUCGCGUCCGCCGCUGCUGGGCUUUGCGCAACUCAAUCCGCCGUUUGGCGUGCGCAACGGCGGGUCGGACAAGAGUCGGCUGCCGACCGCCAGCAGCUGUGCCAACCUCCUCAAGCUUCCCGAUUACAGGGACGAGGCGAUGCUGCGCUCCAAGCUGCUACAGGCGAUCACGAGCGGUGCAGGAUUUGAUAUGUCGUAGUGCGUGAGACAGAGGCCGUGAUAUGUAUGCAUGUAUUUUGAGGUGA